UUCGCCAUCAGUCCUACUCUUAUCGCGGUCCGAGUCGUGUCGUUUCGAAAGCGCUGAUCCUCCCACAACAACAAUAACAACAGUCCCAAGCACUAAUAACAAGUCCGGGGGUCGGUUAGGAGGCGCGCGGCUUCUCUCUGCGGUUGGCAAACGUUCGCGGUGUUCGCUUUGUGUUUGAAUGAAUUCGGAGUGAGCAGAAGAAUUGCCAAAGUGUGUGAGCCUGUUGGGUGGAAGGGGGCGUUAUGGGUGAUGAAAAUUGUACCACCAUCUGAGAGAAGAAAAGGCAAAGCAGAAGAAGGUGGGUGGCAGAAGAUACGAGAAGGAUUCGCUGGCAGCGAACUGCAGGCGGUGGAUUCGGGUGAAAGCUGAAUAGGCCUGGUGGCGUUUGCAAAGCCCACAUAUUGGAGUCGGUAUUCGGCCAAAGGGAAACGGAAAGUGUUUGAGCGCGCGCGUGUGUCUCUUUCUGGCGUGUUGUGGAAAUUUUCGCCCCGGGGGUGGAAAAGUGUAAUGGAAGUUUGAGCGCAUUCGCAGGGUGGAGUGAGGAUUUGCCACCCCAAAAGUUUUCGACGGUGAGUUUAGGUAUGAGCUUGUGUGCGUGUAAAACGUAGAAGACAACUGUUUCACAGUGGAGUUUUGUGCAAAAACUAGCCCUCGGAAAAAUAGUGAGGAUUAUGUGGGGGAUGAUUUUCCGUGAAUGAAUCCAAUCGGCUGCGCGGAGUCCGAAGUGAUCGAGAAAAAUCGAAAAACCCGAAACGAAUCAUUCGACAACUGUUAACGAAUUAAAAUUUAGUAUACAUUUUGCAAAAUCCUGUAAUUGAACGACCACCGCUAUCCGGCUGGCUGUUGCUAUCGGCAUCCGAAAACGAUAAAAAUCCAACCAACCGGUGCAACCGGUGGGUGAGGUGAGCUAGAAGAAGAAAGAAAGAACUCCAACCACCCACGCAACUGCAUUCAAUUGGUCAAAUAAUCUCUCCUGUUUUGUACACCACCCGGCAGGGGCCUGGUGGGUGGUGAAAUCGAUCCGUGCGCAGGCAGUGUGAGCGGUUCCGCAAAAAAAAAGUGUUCUCGGAGUGAAAAAAAACAAAAAGCACCUUCCACUUCCGAGGAAUCCGGUAAUCCACAAUCGCGUAUGGGAUUUCUCACGAAUGCAGCUCGAGCCGGAAAGAGAAGAAGCAGUGCAAAAAAAAAAGUGUCCAAGAAUGAAAAUUAUUUCUUCGGAGUGGAAAAGUGGCAAAAGGUCAACCAUUUGAAGCAGUGAGUCAACUCAUAAUCAGCUACAGCGUAAUCGCAGCAGUGUUCCAUAACGGCGAGCAUCACCAGCGACUGGAAAUUUUUCAAGUGCUUCCUGUGCGCGGGAUUAGCAUAGAGAACACUAAACUUCCAGCAGUGCACAAUCGGGAAGAAAGCAGUUUCUCGGCAGCGAGUGGUGAGGAAAACCAAAGUGAGAUAGUAGUUCCUACGCAAAAAAGAAGUAUAGCCGUGACAAGGAGAUUUACCGGAUCAAAUAUCGUGCAACAAAGAAAAAAAAAACGGACCGAGUAUUAAAUUCCUUCUGUUACCAAGCGAAAAGCUUUUGUUGGAUUUUAUUCUCCGCCUCCUGGUGUCUCUCUCCCGAGGGAACCCUAAAAUGGCUCGACAGUAAUCCCGGCCAGAGGUAUUAUCGCGGUGGAAAUGCAGCUUAAUGGUACGGUAACGAUGGCAGCCGCUUCGGAACCUCCCGAGCCUCCACCUCGCAACCCGGACAAAAUCAACGCAUCGCUCAAACAGCUGGCCGAUUCGAAAGCCCGCUCUCUGGACACCAGCGAUAAGCCAGCCCCCGCAGUUGGGGUCCGUCCGUUUCGGCCAAUCCUUUCGCUGGACAAUGCAAAACCAUUGCCGAAGCCAUUCGAAUCAACCGGGACACCCACGUCGGCGCCAAUUUCCUCUAUCGGCAGCGAGCUGAGCGCCGCGGCGGGCGGUGGUCCAGGGUCGGCAAGCACUACGACGGGCAGCAGUAGUAGCGUGAGCAACGAAAACUGUACCACAAGAACGUCCUCGAAUGACAGCGGUGGUGGAGAGCCGCGACUCGGCUCGUCCGGGAGUGGGACGAGUCCACCCAGUGGGGAAGCCGGUGGUGGCGGUGGUAAACUGAACUCCAGCCAUCAGCAGCAGCAAAGUUCGCCUACGCAAAGCGACGGAAGCAGCGCCGGAAGCAAAGGCCAACUCGGCGAUGCUUCGGGUGGGGAUAAUCUAUUCAAAAAUGGGGUGACAGAUCUGGAAUCUCCACAGACAACCAAGAUUAGACUGGAAAAUGAACGCCUGACGGCGGAAAUCACCCGACUGAAAAAAUUGCUCGAAAACUCGCCGGAUGGAGCGGUGGGCGGAAUUGAUCCGCCAUCGGAUAGCAACAGUUUUGAUGCGCACUCAACCGAUGACAGCAGCAGUCGGUUGGAAAAACUCGAGAAUGAGCUGCGGAUAUCGAAAGAAUUGAUUCAAAGUCUUAAGAUAGAACGUAAGAAGCUCCGCACGGAUAAGAACGACUUGCUAUCGCAAGUGAAGCAGCUGUGUUCUUCCCUGCAGGAUAAGGAGCAGGAGCUGAGAAAUUUCAUUCGCAGCUUCGAACAACGAAUACGGGAAACGGAGAAUAAUAGCGCCAAACAGAUUUCGGAACGCGAACGGGAGCGGUGGUCUCUGCUGAAGCACGCCCAGGAUGAAGCGGAGCGGUCAAUUACUCUAGCCCAACAGUUGAACGCCAGAGAUUUACAGCUCAAGCGAACCCAGGAACAACUCCAGGAAGCUCGACGGCAACUGUCCGGAUGUAUGUCGGACCAGGAGAGUCUCGUUUCGGCGGCUCCCCUAACUCCUCCCUCCGGUUUGGCUAGCCAUACCCAAACGGCUACCGGUGGAUAUUCCAACAUUAGUGGAACUCCGGGCGAUCGAGGCUCGUGCAGUGCCGACUCGGGAGUGAGAGAGCUCAUUGCAGGGAGCAGUGAUCGGGAGAGUGCAGCUGGGGAUCUAAAUUUAAGCGACGGUCCGUGUGAAAACGGACCCUGUAUACAAGUGGACUCGGAUAGUGUAUCGUUAGUGUCUAGUCAUCAUAAUAUGUAUCAAUAUGGAACACCAAAGGAGCGUAGCCCCACUCUUUCUCCGCUGAAUGCCGGGGCUUUCUCGCGAUCGGUUGAUAACACUGCGCUGUCAAACUCCUUCCGCUCGGCGGAACAGUUGGGCUCUCCGGUAGAGAAUGAAAAUCAUACUUUUUCGAGAAGACUACAACAACAACAUCAGCAGCAACAGCAACAAACUCAAUCACAAUCUCAAUCUCAAUCAAAGACUGGUAGCGGCGCUGGGAGUGGUAGCGGUCUUACCGGCCGAACGGGACGCGGUGGCACCUGGGGUAGCAUAUCGCGGGUGUUCGCGCGGAAUCGCAACCGCAACAAGAGCAACCCGGUAUGCGAGACGGAGCCCACCGACUUCCAGUGGAGUCCGCUGACUGAGGAGGGAUACGCGGAAAAACUCCGGCUGCUGAGGGAAGCCUCCUCGAUGCCGAUGGAGCGCUGGAGAGCGUCCCAAGUGCUGGCCUGGCUGGAGGUAGCCCUCGGUAUGCCCCAGUACAGUGCGCGCUGUGCGGAGAAUGUCAAAAGCGGUAAGGUUCUGCUGGAGCUCAGCGAUGCUGAGUUGGAAACGGGACUGGGAACGAGCCAUCCGAUGCACAGGAAGAAGCUGCGGCUGGCGAUUGAGGAACAGCGACGGCCGGAGCUGGUUAGGUAUCCGACCAUCGGUCAGCUGGGUCAUACUUGGGUCGCAUCCGAGUGGCUUCCGGAUAUCGGUCUUCCGCAGUAUGCGGAGUCGUUCAUGCAUUCUCUGGUGGACGCCCGCAUGUUGGACACGCUGUCGAAAAAAGAACUCGAGAAGUACCUGGGAGUCACCAGGAAGUUCCACCAGGCUAGUAUUGUUCAUGGAAUCCAUGUGCUGCGGAUCAUGAAAUAUGAUCGCCAGGCACUGGCGAUGAGGCGUUUACAGUCCGAAAAUGUUGACACCGACCCGAUCGUUUGGACAAACCAGCGUUUCAUACGCUGGGCACGCUCGAUAGAUCUCGGGGAGUAUGCUGAUAACCUGAAGGACAGUGGAGUCCACGGUGGACUGGUGGUACUGGAACCAUCCUUCUCGGGCGAUACAAUGGCCACAGCACUUGGAAUACCCCCCUCCAAAAAUAUAAUCCGUCGCCAUUUGGCCACAGAAUUCGAAGCACUCAUUCUUCCCGCAAGGGCCACACUGGGCCAGGGGAUACGAACCGGCGGCGGCACCGUGGUCCCAAUUGCCAGCGGAAUCGGAAUGAUGCCCGUACCUGCGGAUCGUCGCAAUACCGGUAGCCUGAGGUUUUCCGCAUGGAAAGGAUCACAGGGUUCCCUCACGAAAGCCUUCCGGAUAAGCUCCAGCUACAAACCGCGCGGUGCCACUGGUAGUGGUAGCAAUGGCGGCGGCGGCGGAUCGGACAAAAACAGCGUUUACAGUUCCACCUCCCCGACGCCCUCGUUCAGCAGCAGCGAGGGUGGCAUCUAUGCUACGGUCGGAGGACUGCAUCAUCUGCAUCAUCUGCCUCCUCCGACCACAGCUCCACCACCCGUUCCGAUGAACUUCUCGCCAGGAUCCGCUGCUGCUGCUGGUGGCAGUGGCACAGCAAAUACUCCCAGUCCACUGGCCACGGCGAAUCAUCGUGUCAACUAUCGUGUCAGCGCACCACCAAUGGAUCACGCCGGAUCGUCCGCCGGUUCCUCGUCCUCCUCGAUGGCCACCCUGCCUAAGUACGCACAACAUCGGCGAGUUAAGAGCAUCAGCGAUAUCGAAGUGGCUUCCAUCGUUCCCGGCUGAGGGUCCACGAAGUGCACAACUUCAGACCACGGACCAGCAGCGUGACUAACGAGAGGGAAUGAGUGAGCGAGGCUUGAUGCGAUUUGUGAAUACACUACGAGCACUGAAAAGAGGUUUACCAUGCGAUAAAAUGUAGUAAAGAGUUCACAGACAUAUAAAACAAUUCAUUAUCAAACAUUCAUAUAGUAAAGAUAAAUAAAAAAGACUACGAAAUGGUUAAUCUCAAACCAAAGUUACAAUAUUCGGUUUGUCUGUGAACACUUCUACUACCAACAAUUCACAUUCCAGUGAAGAGACUAGAGAAAGCAUUUCCAUUUUAAUUUCCAAAUUUAAUGUGGUUUAUCGCGAGGUAGUAUGGAAUCAUUAAUUUAGUUCAUCGAAUGUUAGCUCUAUUUUUUCGACCAAGUUAUUGAAAUCCUCAUCGAAAAACAAUUGAGGGUGAUCUUCGAACUGUGUACAACAAUUGAGGGCCUUAGAAUGCAAGGGGUGUAAGUGACUUGAUCGAUUUCUCUUCACCAACUUUUUCUUUAGUUAAUAACUCAACUGCAAAAAAGUUCCAAUUUAAGUUCGCUAUAGAAUCCGAUAGAUGAGGUUCUGACCUAUCUUCCACAUUGUCAAAUACAACUGGGAAUGUAUUUGCAGCUAAGUUAUGACCAGAAGAGAGAGACGAUGUAGAGAAAUCGAUCAAAUCACUUACACCCCUUUCAUUCUAAGCUCCUCAAUUUGUUUUUAUUUUUGUUUUUUGAAGUUUAUAUUUAUUUAAAGCGACACACUUCAAACAUAUCAAUCCUUCCGCUUGCUUUUGCUUUCCCAAUGUAGUUUGUCGUGGUUGUAUCUAAUUAAGCCCCAUUUUUGUUGUUUUGAUUGUUUCAAGCGUUUUUGUUUAUUCGUUUUGUUUGUUAAUUUGCAAUAUGUGCAAUAAGAGGUGGAAUUUGAAGCAGAACUGAGAUAUGUAUAUUUUCGAGUAAACAGUCGAUCAAACACUUGCGCCUAUUCGAAAAAGAGAUGAAACCUAUAUAAACUCAACCAUAUAUUCUUGUAAACUGUAUUGGAUGUCCCUAUACCUAGAGCAGUAAACAAAACCAAAAAACACGAUAAUCAGCUGUAUGUAACUUUGAUAUUCGAUCGGAAUAGGAAGGCUCAGAAGAAACGAAAUCAAACUGAUCAAAUAAAUUGCGAUUACAUGGCGAAUAAACGGUAGUGUUCAACAGAUAAAUACUAAAAUAAAUUAAUUCGAUAUUAAUUGACAUUAUUGAUGCUAGAAAUAUUACCCAAAACCAACCAGCAAGAACUAUAGACACUAAUUUAUAACGCGUAUUAUCCUAACUUAUUUUAAUGCAGUACACUAAAAGAGCUAGAUGUGAAAGAAUUAAACGCAAAUUUAUCUCUUUGACUAAUAAUUAGAAUAAUGAACUAAUAAAGUAUUUGUAUUUAUUUUGAA